UCUCUUCAGCGGCCAUUAAUUCUUCCUUGUGGGUUGUGAGCAACAAAAUUGGUCAAAAUAACAUCAUCACACAAGAAUAAUCACAGGUUGCAAUGUCACAAAAAGGGAACAGAAAUGAAGCAGGGAAGCUGUUUAUUGGAGGACUCAGCUGGGAUACAGAUCAAGAUACCCUGCUGAACCACUUCAGCCAGUAUGGUGAAGUGAUAGACUGUGUGGUGAUGAAGAAUCAGACCACUGGAAAGUCAAGAGGUUUUGGCUUUGUUACCUUCAAAGAUCCUGUAUGUGUGGAGACUGUUUUGUCCGUGCAGUUUCACCAGAUUGAUGGAAGACAGGUGGAUGCCAAAGCAUGCAAUCCAAAAGGAAUGAACAAGCCGCCGGGUGGUGGUCCCCGAGAGGAUGGAGGAGGCCCACGAGGAGGUGGAGGAGGCCCACGAGGAGGUGGAGGACCAGACCCAGAUAAAAAUAGGAAAAUAUUUAUGGGAGGACUGCCAAAUGUAGAUGAAGAUUUUCUUAAAGAUUUCUUUGGCAAAUAUGGAAAGGUGCAAGAUGUUACCAUAAUGUACGAUCAGGUUCAACAGAAAUCACGAGGAUUUGGGUUUUUGACAUUCGAGAGCGAAGACAGUGUAGUAGGCGUGUGUGGAGAACACUUUGUCAACAUCAGUGGCAAGAAGGUUGAGGUUAAAAGAGCCCAGCCCAGAGAUGGGAGGGGUGGAGGCCAGGGUGGUGGCGGAGAUAGGGGCAGUGGUGGUCCCAUGCAUCGAGGACCAAUGAUGGGACAGGGCAUGAACCCUCCACCAGAUGGAGACUGGGGGCCAGGUGGAGGGAACUGGAACGGUGGCGGUCCUAGGCCUGGACCAGGAGGUCCAGGGGGACAUGGAGGACCAGGUGGACCCGGGGGACCUGGAGGGCCAGGAGGAUUCCCAGACCAUUUCCAACAGGGCGGAUACCAGCAGGGAUUUCCACCACAACAACCCCCACCCCAGCAAUCACCACCACAGGGAUUCAACCAGAGCUAUGCUCCGAACUCGUACCAACAACCACAACCCCCUCAGGGACAACCACAGCAGCCAGGCUUUCAGCAGGGAGGCUGGACUCCACAACCAGGGGCAUCACCUGGGCAACAAGGUGGCUGGCCCCCACCAGCACCGGCCCAGCCCAGCACACCUCAAGGCCCUCCUCCCCCUCCCACGCAGGUCCCUGCCCAGGCCCCUCUGCCCAAUCCUGUUGCGUACGGAGGACAGCCCCAGCAAGCUUAUGGACAGCAGGCAGCAGCCAACAGCUAUGGCGGACAAUGGGGAGCGAUGCCACCUGCCACACCAGCCCAGACCCCAGCCGUGCCACAGCCCCCUUCCCAGGCUAGCUACGGAACCUAUGGACAACCCCCAGCUGCACCGGGUGCACAACCUUACGAUCCUAGUCAGCCUGGACAGCCCACGCCUAAUGCAACCCCAGCUUAUGCUGGUUACAACCCCUAUGGGACCCCUCAGGCCCCGACAGGUGUACCAGACCCAUACGCACAGCCAGCCCCAGCUGGAGUUCCUGCACAACCAGGGGCAGCUCCAGGAGGUUAUGCUGAUGCUGCUGGUGGAUUCGGAGGUGUGGCACAGCCUGCAGGGGGGUACCAAGGACAAGGGGAUGCACAGCCAGCGUACGGGUCACCACCAGCUGCAGGAGGCUACCAGAGGGCCGGAGCAGCGGGGGCCCAGAGCUACCAUCCGUACAGACGUUGAUGUCACAACCACGCCAUGCCUUACUCGGAUCAUCAAAUCAAUCAUCGUUGGAGACAAUCUCACUUCAUGUGUACAUUUUUCAUCGAUGCUAUGUAGAA